AUGGCCAAGCGCGUUUAUCAAGUUUGGAAAGGGAGUAAUAAGUUUAUCCUUGGAGGAAGGCUAAUAUUUGGGCCUGAUGCAAGGUCACUCAUUGUGACUAUUUCAUUGAUCACUGUUCCCGUUAUAAUAUUUUGUGCAUUCGUUGCAAGGAAUCUUGUGCAUGAAUUUAAACCAUAUAAUGCUGGAUAUGCAGUACUGGUAGUAGCUAUUGUGUUUACCAUCCACGUAUUGGUGCUGCUUUUCCUUACGUCCUCCCGGGACCCAGGUAUAAUUCCACGGAAUCCACAUCCCCCAGAAGAUGAAAUUCGUUAUGAGUCUUCUAUGCCAAAUGAGCAUGGGGGAAGACAAACACCAAGCCUUCAGUUUCCUCGAACCAAAGAAGUUAUAGUCAACGGUGUUGCUGUGAGGGUGAAAUACUGUGACACAUGUAUGCUCUACCGUCCUCCUCGUUGCUCCCAUUGCUCUAUUUGCAACAAUUGCGUUCAAAAAUUUGAUCACCAUUGCCCGUGGGUUGGUCAAUGCAUUGGUCUUCGUAAUUAUCGCUACUUCUUUAUGUUUGUGUCAUCUUCAACCCUUCUUUGCAUCUACGUAUUUGCAAUGUCAGCCUUUUACAUUAAAGUUCUGAUGGAGGAAAAUAAAGGCACAGUUUGGAAGGCGAUGAAGGAGUCCCCUGCCUCAGUGAUUCUAAUGGCUUAUUGUUUCAUCUCUCUGUGGUUUGUUGGUGGACUCACAGGCUUCCAUCUGUACCUUAUAGGCACGAACCAGACCACCUAUGAAAAUUUCCGGUACCGAGCUGACAGCAGGUUGAAUGUCUACAAUCGAGGUUGUCUGAAUAAUUUUCUGGAAGUAUUUUGCUCAAAAGUGAAGCCCUCAAUGAACAACUUUCGGGCCUUUGUACAAGAGGAGGUACCGCCCCCUCCAGCCCCUCCUCCUUUGCGUGAGAUGGGUGCAGCUGAACAAGAUGAUUUGGGUGGGGAUCCACGUUCAAAGGUUGAAGAUGAUCUGGAUAUUGGUGAGGACCUACUGAAGAUUUCCCAGCGACGUAACAUCGAAGACAUUAACGAGGAUAUACGCAGUAGAGGGAGCACUGGUCCUCAGCUUAAUGUCUCAGAGGUAGACUCUAGUUUGGGCUCCGAUCAUCGAGCCCCCACCAUUCGAUCAGAUGCUCGACACUCAAGUUGGGGUCGCAGAAGUGGAAGCUGGGACAUCGCAUCGGACGUUCUUGCCAAUGCCAAUGUUACCGAAAGCAGAGGCUAUGCCCCUUCGAAAGAAACUCGUCAGUGACAAAGUCUAUCAUAUCCUAUAAGCAUUCCCAAUACAAAUUAUGAUUCUAACAAUCAAGUCGAAAUCGUCAAGAAGCAGAAGAAGAAACAGAACUUCACACCGGGUAUGAAUUAUACUCUUAUAUUUUGUGGUGAUGCUGGUUAUUCUAUUUUGCAAAGUAUAGGGCAUGCUAUGCAGCUGCUUAUUAAUUGUUGUCGGAGGAAGGUGAAAGAGUGUUUUCUCUGCCCAAGUCAUUUCUACUUCUCAUUCUCCUCUUUGAUGUUGAUAAUUUGUGUAACAUUCUCUAUGAACUGAAUUAUUUUCCUGUGUGGUUUAUUCUUUGUGUAAUUAAUCACUACAUGAAGCUGGGACUUCAAAAAAAAGAAAAAAAAAAAAGAAAAAAAGAAAAAAAAAAGAUCUAAUUGUUAAUGCUCCCCUUUGAAGUUUGAACUCUGAUGUAUCAGUUGAUGAAUUGGAUGGGCCAGAAUUGAGACAGAACCAUCUUCAUAAAUCUAGAUGGCCUUUGAAUUAUUGACAACUAGAAAUAUCCAUAUAACUGUAGAUCUUUGCAUACACUAAAUAUGGAUUUUUGAACUAUUUAAGGUCCA